GUAACAUGUAGUCCUAAUUGUGUGGACAAACAAUACGAUUUUAAUGGAUACUGCAGCCGGGGAUGCAAUCAGGGAUACUGAGGAAAUGAAUGCAAUCUUCCUGGUGGUAAUUGCAGUACUGGGUCAUGUGAGAGAUAUUUCGGUAUUUGUGAAACAUGUUAUACAGGCUAUUAUGGUGGAAGAUGUAACAUGAGAUGUAAUAGCACCUGUCUUAAUGAAGAAUGUAUGAAAAUAAAUGGACAUUGUAGUAAUGGUGGCAGGAGAGGUUUCUAUGGUGAAUUUUGUAAUUUGCACUGUAGUGAAAAAUGCGCACAAAUCGAUUGCAGACAGAACGGUACUUGUAUAGGUGGGUGUAAACCCCAUUGGACAGGACAAAAAUGUGACAUAGUUGACCUGGCAUCAGGGAACUGCUCAAAUACAAAUGUUUAUUCGGUGUUGUAUGGAGUUAUAACAAUUCUCUUCAUAAGCAUUUCUAUCAACUUCAUUUAUAUUGUGCGGAAUAUCACGCAAAAUAUUUCAAACAUGAAAAACUCGGAGAAGAUAACAAGGCAAAAAAAUCCAAUCCGUGAUUCCAAUACAGCAGCUGCUUUAUAUGAUAUAGUGGAAGAUAAUGCAGGCUAUCAAGAACUUAGACAAUUCAGUCAACCAUCUCUCUAUGAUAAACUCAGCUGAACGUAGAUCUA